AUGUUCCCCCAAAAUCUCCUUCCAAAGUUCCAACCGAGCUGCCGCCGCCGCUAAAGCCCUAACGCCGCCUUCUCCCAGCCUCCUCGCUUGCCUUCCGUUUCCGCCGCCUCUCCUCUUCUUCGAUUAGGGGGUGCGGCUCGGCUCGCGAACAAGCGUCUUCGAUCGAAUCCAUUCGCGGCGGCGGCGGCUGCGGCGGCGACGUGCGUGUUCCCCGGGGUCUUAGCUUGUGUUUUGGUUUCUAACGAGAGGGUGGAGGAGCAUGACGCAGGCGGAUAAGGCGGUGAUCAGCCUACGCCCGGGCGGCGGCGGCGGCGGCGGCGUCGGUGGCCCGCGCGCCGCCCGCCUAUUCCCCUUCGCCGCUUCCACCGGCUCCCUCGACUUCCUCCGCCCUCACCGCGGCGCGUCCUCCGCCUUCGCUGCCAAGCUUGGAAACUUACGAUUUGAACCUCUUGAGCGGGUUCGUUACAGUAGGCAACAACUUGUUGAACUGCAUGAGAUUGUCGAUGUACCUGAGAAUAUCUUGAAACUCAAGCAAAAUAUUGACAUAGAAUUCCAAGGUGAAGAUGAACAUUGGACUAACAAUGACUCACAUGUGCAAACUCAGUCAUAUCACCGCUAUGCUGAAACGUACAAUCGUGACUGGCGUUCACGGUCUGAACAACCUGUACAAACUCCUGGUAUUGCUGGUGAAGACAUAUCUUGGGAUAAAAUUCGUGAAGCUAAAGAAUCAUAUUUUUCAAGUGGAAAGCAAGAUCAAUUUAAUAAUCAAGACAAAUUGAGCUCCCAGUUCAGUGCAAAAGCUCAGGUCGGUCCCUCAUCUGCUCUUGUCAAGGCUGAAGUCCCUUGGUCAAGCAAGAGAGGCAAUCUAUCCGACAAAGAAAGAGUUCUGAAGACAGUGAAAGGUAUACUGAACAAAUUGACUCCAGAAAAGUUUGAUCUUCUUAAGGACCAGUUAAUUGAAGCCGGGAUCACCACAGUUGAUAUUUUGAAGGAUGUUAUUAGUCUCAUAUUUGAAAAGGCUGUCCUUGAGCCCACCUUUUGUCCAAUGUAUGCUCAGCUUUGCUUUGAUCUCAAUGAAAAGCUACCCUCAUUCCCUUCUGAAGAUCCUGGUGGCAAAGACAUUACAUUCAAACGUGUAUUGCUGAACAAUUGUCAAGAAGCAUUUGAAGGUGCUGACAAUCUGCGGGCCGAGGUCAAUAAAUUGACUGGUCCAGACCAAGAAAUGGAGAGACGGGAUAAAGAAAGGCUAGUGAAGCUUCGGACACUUGGAAACAUUCAACUUGUUGGCGAGCUGCUCAAGCAAAAAAUGGUCACAGAGAAGAUAGUGCACCAUAUAGUUCAGGUGCUAUUAGGUUCUGAAAGCAACACAUGCCCUGCUGAGGAAAAUGUGGAAGCCAUCUGUCAGUUCUUCAACACAAUUGGUAAACAGUUGGAUGAGAACCCAAAGUCUCAACGAUUUAAUGAUAUAUAUUUCAACCAGCUGAAGGAUCUAACAACUAAUUCUCAGUUGGCACCACGAUUGAGGUUCAUGGCACGUGAUGUCCUUGAUCUUCGUUCAAACAAAUGGGUGCCUCGUCGUGAAGAGAUGAAAGCUAAGAAACUUAGUGAAAUUCAUAGAGAGGCGGAAAACAAUCUUGGAUUGCGUCCAGGAUCGACUGCGCACAUGAGAACUGGCCGCAGUGGUACUGGAGCGCCACCUUCACCUGGAGCUUUUCCAAUGAACCAACCUGGAAUAGGUGGCAUGAUGCCUGUUAUGCCUGGAUUGAGAAAGAUGCCUGGGACACCAGGGCUAGAUAAUGAUACCUGGGAAGUUCUGCGUUCUAAAUCAACGCCCAGAACUGAUCCCCUUCGGAACCUAACCCCAUUGGUCAAUAAGCCAUCGCCUAAUAAUUCCAGACUACUUCCUCAAGGCAGUGGAGCAUUAAUUAGUGGCAAGACAAGUGCACUUGUGGGCAAUGGUCACCCGCUAUCCCGUCCUGGCCUGCUUGUCACACCAUCUCAAACUACAGGACCACCAAAAUCACCCAUCCCAACUCCAUCUGUAGAUCCUGUUGUGCAGCCAGCUGCUGCACCCAAUUCAAGCUCUACAGGGCUUCAGAAGAAGACCAUCUCUCUCCUUAAGGAGUAUUACCACAUACUGCUUCUAGAUGAAGCACAACAGUGCAUUGAGGAGCUGAAGAGUCCUGAUUACUACCCAGAAGUCGUUAAAGAAGCCAUCAGUCUUGCACUUGAUAGAGGCACCAAUUCCAUCAAUCCUCUUUUGAGGCUACUGGAGCAUCUUUACACGAAGAAUAUUUUCAAACCGACUGAUUUGGAGACUGGAUGCUUGCUUUACAGCUCUCUUCUUGAUGAACUUGCCAUUGACCUUCCAAAAGCUCCAGCACAUUUUGGUGAAGUUAUUGGGCAUCUGGUGUUAUCACAUUGCCUGGGCAUGGAAGCCAUUGAGGAUACUCUAAAGAAAAUUGAGGACAAUUUCUUUCGUACUGCAGUAUUUGAUGCUAUUAUGAAAACCAUCAAAGCAAAUCCAUCAGUUCGAGAAACCACAAUACUGAGUUGAGGAACAGCUUUUAUGAGCUGUAUUUUUUGCAAGAUCAGACGACUGCUAAUCUUUUCUUGGAUAAUGAAGUAAAGAAAGAAGCUAUAGAUAUUGCUCUGGUAAGAAGCUGAGAUGAACCCGUGGCAUUUUGUACACCUCGAUGGUUUUAGUGCCAUGCGGCCACACAUUUUGUAACAAGUUCUUCUGCUUGUUGGAAAGCAUAUACUAUUAGUGCUGGGUACAACUAACUUCAUAAUUUUAGUCGAAAGUUGAGAUCUGAUAUGAUUCUUCCAACCUAUCUCAUGACAAUUUGUUGGGAAUUUUACCCGGCUGAAUUUAACCCAUCAGUUUCAGCCUAUUUUCUCCUGUAAACUAUGGCAUGUGUAUUCGCAUAUGCUCUGUUUGUAUCUCGCUUUGUUGCUGGGCAUGAAUCGACUGGAGGCAAACGUUAUGCAAAAAAUGCGAGCGAUUGAGCAUCUAGCCUGUGGUUUGAGACGUACAGGAUUAUUUACAUGAAUGUGCAUUUUC